UUUGCACAGUGGGGCGUCAAGAAAGAUAUAAAACGCGAUUUUCAACUCAACCUCCACCUCCUCCACUCUCCUCCAUCUCUCUCUGCUCUGCGAACCCGAAGAUAUCUCGCAGAGAUUUUGUACGCAAAAAUACUCAGAGCUCCCUCUCACUAUAUCUAAAACCCUUGUGUUUUUACCGACCAAUUUUCAUUUUGAAUUUUUUUCGUUCGGUUUUGCGCAAGUAUUUCUUCCCCUUCCAUCUCCAUUCUCACUUCGCUGGGAAUUCCACUCAGGCAAUUGAGCGGCGCCGUCCUCCUCCGCCAGGUGCAAAUUUCACUUUCCAAUUUUGGGAGCGCAUGAAAAAUGCGUUUUUGUGUGUUUGCGUUGCCCCGGCCGGUAAUUGGAUCUUAAAUUGAGCCGUGUGGAACGGUUAUGGGGUGUGGUCGGUCGAGGAAUCGUGUUGCCGAGUUCCGAGUUUCCGGCUAUUCCCCCUCGGGUUAAUUCGGUCCGUUGCAUAGAAAAAGUUGGAGUUCUCAGCUAUUUGGUUGUCUGUUCAUUGUUUUCUCGGCCUUACUAGAUAAGAUGGAUUUUCGGAAGUGCAUUUCCCCUUGUGUUUCUCCCGCUGGGAAUAUGAAAUCGUUGAGUUUCUCCUGUAAGGCAAAAGAAAAAGCUCAUUUGUUGGAUCCACAAAUAAAAACAACUGAGACUGAUAUGGAUAUUGACAUGGGGGAGGUAUACUUUUUAAUUAUGCAUUUCCUAUCAAUGGGGCCAUGCCACAAAACUUAUGGACAGUUUUGGAAUGAACUUCUGGAAAAUCAACUUUUACCCCGAAGAUAUCACGCAUGGUAUUCGAGGAGUGGCAUAAAGAGUGGGGAUGAGAAUGAUGAUGGCAUAUCAUUUCCACUAAGUUAUAAUAAACUGGCUGAAAGGUAUCCUCAUGUUGAGAAGGAUCACUUAGUGAAGCUUUUGAAGCAACUGUUGUUGAGUGCAGCAGUUCCUUCACGUGAGGCAGUUGGUGGGAACACUAUAAAUGCUGCUACUGUUCCAACUCUCUUGGGAACUGAUUCCUUUUCACUUCUGAGUAGUGAUCAGAAUAAGAGGAAUGAUGAUGUCACACGUCCACCGGGUUACUUACGUUGGCCUCACAUGCAAGCGGAUCAAGUGCGUGGACUAAGUUUGAGAGAAAUUGGCGGUGGCUUUGCAAGACAUCACCGCGCACCAUCUAAUCGCGCUGCAUGUUAUGCCAUUGCAAAACCAUCUACAAUGGUGCAGAAAAUGGAAAACAUUAAGAAGGUCAGAGGGCAUCGCAAUGCUGUUUAUUGUGCUAUAUUUGAUCGGUCUGGGAGAUAUGUCAUCACUGGUUCAGAUGAUCGCCUUGUUAAAAUCUGGUCAAUGGAAACAGCAUAUUGUUUGGCCAGCUGCCGAGGGCAUGAAGGUGAUAUUACAGACCUGGCGGUCAACUUCAACAACACUUUGGUGGCUUCUGCUUCAAAUGACUAUAUCAUCCGAGUUUGGCGCUUACCUGAUGGGUUGCCAAUUUCUGUCUUACGGGGCCAUUCUGCAGCUGUGACUGCUAUUGCAUUUAGUCCACGGCCUGGUUCUGUUUAUCAGCUCUUAUCAUCAUCUGAUGAUGGAACAUGCCGAAUUUGGGAUGCUAGGCAUUCCCAGUUUAGUCCACGAGUGUAUGUACCAAAACCCCCAGAAUCAGUUGCUGGGCCAAACACUCUUGUACAAAGUCACUCGAUCUUCUGCUGUUCAUUCAAUGCUAGUGGAACCUUUUUUGUUACUGGCAGUUCAGACUUUAUUGCACGGGUCUGGAAUGCUUCUAAAUCCAAUACAGAUGACUUAGAAAAGCCUAACUAUGAGAUAGAUGUUUUAGCAGGACAUGAGAACGAUGUAAAUUAUGUGCAGUUCAGUGGCUCUGCUGUGACAUCAAGAUAUUCUCUCUCUGAUUCUUCAAAGGAAGAAAAUAUUCCAAAAUUCAAAAACUCAUGGUUUACUCAUGACAACAUUGUCACAUGCUCUCGUGAUGGCAGUGCAAUUAUAUGGAUACCCAGACCACGUCGAUCACAUGGAAAGAGUGGACGCUGGCAGAAAGCAUAUCAUCUGAAAGUCCCCCCACCACCAAUGCCGCCUCAACCUCCUCGAGGAGGUCCACGCCAAAGAAUUCUUCCAACUCCUCGUGGGGUUAAUAUGAUAGUGUGGAGCUUGGAUAACCGCUUUGUUCUUGCUGCUAUAAUGGAUUGCAGAAUAUGUGUCUGGAAUGCGGUUGAUGGAAGUUUAGUGCACUCUUUGACCGGUCAUACUGCAUCUACCUAUGUCCUGGAUGUUCAUCCUUUUAAUCCUCGAAUAGCAAUGAGUGCUGGAUAUGAUGGGAAAACAAUUGUAUGGGAUAUCUGGGAAGGUGCACCUAUUCGAACCUAUGAAAUUGGGAGAUUCAAGCUGGUUGAUGGAAAGUUUUCCCCAGAUGGAACAUCGAUUAUACUUUCUGAUGAUGUUGGUCAAUUAUAUAUUUUAAACACGGGAGAAGGAGAAUCCCAGAAAGAUGCUAAAUAUGACCAGUUCUUCCUUGGAGACUAUCGCCCUCUUGUUCAAGAUACAAAUGGUAAUGUCCUUGAUCAGGAAACUCAACUUGCUCCAUACCGGAGGAACAUGCAAGAUCUCCUCUGUGAUUCAGUCAUGAUUCCAUAUCCUGAGCCUUAUCAGAGCAUGUACCAAAAGAGGCGGUUAGGAGCUUUGGGUAUAGAGUGGCGCCCAUCAUCUAUCAGAUUUGCAGUUGGUCCUGAUGUCACCCUGGACCAAGAUUACCCAAUGCUUCCCAUUGCAGACUUAGAGAUGUUGAUUGAACCCCUCCCUGGGAUUAUUGAUGCAAUGGACUGGGAACCUGCAAUUGAGAAUCUAAGUGAGGAUACAGAUUCGGAGUAUCAUGUUACUGAAGAUACUUCUGGAGGGGAGCAAGGAAGUCUUAGUUCCAAUGCUCCAGGUGAUCCAGCAAGCAGUGAGGGAGACAGUGAUGAAGACACUCAGCGAGAUAGCCGUCGUAGAUCAAAACGGAAAAAACAGAAAGGGGAAGUUGAGAUCAUGUCAUCUUUUGGAAGGCGUGUGAAGAGGAAGAACAUGGAUGAGUAUGAGGGCAGUUCACUUAGAAACAACCAUGGUAGGAAAUCAAGAAAUGGUCGGAAAACUUCAAAGAAGAAGUCUUCAAAAUCUUCUAGACCAAGGAGAGCUGCUGCACGCAAUGCUCUUCACUUGUUUUCCCGAAUUACAGGAGCAUCUGCAGAUGGAGAAGAUGAAGAUUGCUCUGAAGGUGAUUCAUCAGAAAGUAAAUCUACGGUUCAGGACUCAUACACUGAAAGUGAGGAAUCAGAUGUAUCCUUGCAUGAUGAACAUCAUGGGCACUCAAAGGGGAAAGAAGUAUGUCUGGAUCAGUCUGAGGAUAUGGGUAUGCUUCUCCAAGAUCCUAAAUCUCAUUUGAAUUAUGGAAACAGGAAAAGAUUGGUUCUCAAGUUGCCAAAUCGUGAUUCAAAUAGAGCUGCACCACCCCAAAGUGCUAAAUUGGAGUAUGAAAGCGAGUCUGCUCAAGCUGGUCCAUCAUCAACAGCUUUUCACGAGGCUGAUGGUGCGCCUGAAUACAAGUCUCAGGGUAACUUGCCUGGGCUUACAGAUAAUGAUGGAACAGAAAGAAAUGAGACGAGACAACUACGGUCACAACAUUUCUAUCUCCUUGAUGGAUGCAAAGGUGGGAACAUGAGAUGGGGAGGAGUUAGAUCUCGUACAUCUAAACAUUCGAGGAUAGGAGAUCUGCCACAAUCAGGCUCACAUGCUGGAGUGAACUUAAACGUCAGUGGACAUGUUCAGACAGAAAAUGUCAUUGAUGAGCAUUCCACAAUGGAAAACGAGUGUGAAAGAAUUUAUCCUAGUUCUGGAUUCCAAAAUCAUGAGGAUAAUGGAAUGAUUCAUUCCAGUGAGCCUUCUCCUCACACUGGUAUGCUUGGAAAUUCAGAGGGUGCAGAAACUGCUGAAAAGUAUGUAGAUGAGUGCAAGAAUUCCGAAGAAUUGCCAACAUGCUCUCAUAAAAUUGCUGAUAAUCCAGAUGUGCCUUCUGUUCCUUGUGCUAAUGGGACCGGUGAUCACCCUCCCCUCAAAGAUAGAGUUACAGGUAUCCCGACAAGGCUGCGGAUAAGAUCAAAGCUUCUCUCUGCUGACCUUGAUAGUUGUAGUAAGACAGAUGAGAAAUCUGCAUUGGAGAUUUCUAGGCUCAAUCCCUGCUGUGCUGCAGAUGAUGCAUCUCAAGAGACUCCGAAGAUUUUAAGUUCCAACCUACCAUGUAAUGACAACUUUGAGAGACCAAGUGUGGAUAAUGGGCUCGAUGAAAAGCAGGUGGAGCAAGACAGUGCUGGUGGAGCUACUGGAUCUUCUGUUCAGGACUCAAAGCAGUUGCAGUCAGAGGAUAGGAUGUUCAGUGCUGUCUAUAGAAGAUCAAGAUUUGGCAGGGGUAGAAGUAACGUAGAAUGUCUUGGUGGUGGAAGCAUGGAAACCAGUACAUCAAACAGUCAGAGCCUUACUCCUGCUGAAGGAAAUGGUAACAUAGGUGAAGCGGUCCGUAGAACAAGAUCUAUCAGGCUGAGGUCAACAAGUGGUGAUAUAAAUCUCUCAGGCAGCAAUCUCAGAUUUAGGAAGCCCCGUGAUCACACAGUACCCCCAUCAACUAGUUUGGAAAGGGCUUCAGGUAAUAGAGGAGGUGAUGAAAGCCCCAAUGAUGAAUCACGAUCUAAUUCGAAAGUUGCUGUUGGAGUGAGAUCUACUAGAAUAAGGAGAAGCAGUUUUUACAUCCGUGAGCCUAGUCCUCCAGAUAGAAGGAAGUCAAAUCAAUCAGCAAAAAGUUCAUGGUUGAUGUUAGUAGCAAGGGAAGAGCACCGGUAUAUCCCUCAGCAAAGGGAUGAAGUUGUGUAUUUGAGACAGGGCCAUGAGGAGUACAUAAGUGAAUGUGACUUAAGGGAUAGACGCCCUUGGGAAACAGUCAGGGGGAAUAUAAGUGCAGUUGAAUUUUGCAGGGUUGAAGCACUUGAGUAUACUUCCCGUCCAGGUUCAGGAGAGAGUUGCUCUAAAAUGACACUUAAAUUUAUAGAUCCUUCAUCUGCAGUGUCAGGUAAAACAUUUCAGUUGACACUGCCCGAAGUAACCGGUUUUCCUGAUUUCCUUGUUGAGAGAACUAAAUAUGAUGUGGCUAUGGAGAGGAACUGGACUACCAGGGAUAAAUGCCGUGUCUGGUGGAAAAACGAGGGUGAAGAAGAUGGGGAUUGGUGGGAAGGUCGAAUUAUUGGUGUGCAAGCUAAAUCUCCGGAAUAUCCAGAUAGUCCUUGGGAAAGGUACAUUGUGAGAUACAAGAAGGGUGAUCCAUCAGAACAACAUCGACAUAGUCCUUGGGAACUAUUUGACUCUAAUACUCAAUGGAAUCACCCUCAGAUUGAUGAGAAUAUCAGAGCCAGGCUGCUGAAUGCCAUGGACAAGCUGGAGCAAUCUGGAAACAAAGCUCAGGAUAAUUAUGGGGUAGAAAAAAUGAGACAAGUUUCACAGAGGUCACAAUUCAUAAACAGGUUCCCUGUGCCCUUGUCUCUUGAAAUCAUCCAUGCUAGACUGAAGAACAACUACUAUAGACGGUUGGAUGCAGUGAAGCACGACAUAGACGUGAUGCUGUUGAAUGCUGAAUCUUACUUUGGAAGAAGCGCUGAACUUUCAAAAAAAAUCAAACAAUUGUCAAGCUUCCUUACUAAAACCCUUUCAUCUUUGUAGCCGCCGCCUACCUUGAUACAAUUUUGUAGAAAGCUUAUACUGCAUUGAUUUAAGCAAAGCAAAGAUGUCCAUAAAACUUUACAGGAAAAGGUAGGGAAAGAAAAUAAGAUCUUUCUUUUACUAGGUUUUUAGCGCAGCCAGCUUUAAGCCUUAACCAACCUUUCAGAGAAGUAGUAGAUUUUGAUCAGAGGGGAUACUGGGGAUACAUAUGACAAAGAAAGGCUUAGCGGAAAGUAGUAUCAUGGUGCUGGAAAAAUUGUCCAGCAAUUCAUUUGUAUAGUGUAUGAGAUUGAAAUUUGUCAUUAAUUAAUUCAAAGUUUAUUCCUUA